CAGAGAAGGCGAGCGAGGCAGCAGCCCGCAGCCCGCCCCUAGCACGUCCUCGGCCGCGCAGACACUCGGCGAGGCUCUGGGCGAGGUGGAGGUGAGGGCGGGCGCCGGCGAACUCAGAGAGGGCUCGCUCACUCCCGGCGAUCCCAGCCGCCGCCGCAGCGCCACCACCAGCAGCGGCCGCCAGCAGCAGCUUCCUUCCUCGGGCUCCCCUCGUGAGGCUGACCAAGCGGGUGUAGCCAGCGGGGAAGGAUCCCGCUAGGGGAACCCGGCGAGGGCAAGAGCAGCCGCCUCCCACUCGGGCCGUCGGUCGGUCCCUCCGCCCGCGUGUCUGUCCUGGGUGCCGGGAGAUGUGUGUCACUUUACGCCACUGAGAUCACACAGCUGCCUGGGAGCCGUGGGAUGCCCACAGCAAGUCUUGGCUUUUCUUUUUGAUUAUUUUAACGCUUGGCUUUUGGGAAAUAUUCGUGAUGUUGUAGGAAAAAGGAAAUGAUACUUUGAGGAACUGAAGAGAACAUAGAUGCGUUUUGUUCUUAAGAGAGGAAAGCUGUGCCCUCUCCCGGCUUGCUCCUUCUUUGGUGAUUUCAGGAGCUACCCUCCUCCUGGCGAGGUGGGGAUUCCAGCAAGAAUAAAGGUGAAGACGGGCCGUCAGGACCCUGGAGGGAAACAUUGAUCCUUAGAAACCUUUGCAGAAGACAUUGUAAGGAAGAAAAUAAGAGAAGGGGGGAAAAAAAACCACAAAGACUUUUAAUUAUACAGGAAACCUACAAAUCCAGCUCUGGAGAAAUCUUCCUUCUCCAAAAUGGAUAUGUUUCCUCUCACCUGGGUUUUCUUAGCGUUCUACUUUUCACGACACGAAGUGAGAGGCCAACCAGACCCACCCUGUGGAGGUCGUUUGAAUUCCAAGGAUGCUGGCUACAUCACCUCCCCAGGCUACCCCCAGGAUUAUCCCUCCCACCAGAACUGCGAGUGGAUUGUUUAUGCCCCUGAACCCAACCAGAAGAUUGUCCUCAACUUCAACCCUCACUUUGAAAUCGAGAAGCACGACUGCAAGUACGACUUCAUUGAGAUUCGAGAUGGAGACAGUGAAUCUGCAGACCUCCUGGGCAAGCACUGUGGGAACAUCGCCCCGCCCACCAUCAUUUCCUCUGGCUCUGUGCUCUACAUUAAGUUCACCUCUGACUAUGCCCGGCAAGGGGCAGGCUUCUCCCUGCGCUAUGAGAUCUUCAAGACAGGCUCUGAAGAUUGUUCAAAGAACUUCACAAGCCCCAAUGGGACCAUUGAAUCUCCUGGGUUUCCCGAGAAGUACCCACAUAACUUGGACUGCACCUUUACCAUCCUGGCCAAACCCAAGAUGGAGAUCUUCCUGCAGUUUCUGACCUUUGACCUGGAGCAUGACCCUUUGCAGGUGGGAGAGGGAGACUGCAAAUAUGAUUGGCUGGACAUCUGGGAUGGCAUUCCACAUGUUGGCCCCCUGAUUGGCAAGUACUGUGGGACCAAGACACCAUCUGAACUCCGCUCAUCUACAGGGAUCCUCUCACUGACCUUUCACACUGACAUGGCAGUGGCCAAGGACGGCUUCUCUGCACGUUACUACCUGGUUCAGCAAGAACCUCUAGAGAACUUUCAGUGCAAUGUCCCCCUGGGAAUGGAGUCCGGCCGGAUUGCUAAUGAACAGAUCAGUGCAUCAUCUACCUACUCUGACGGGAGGUGGACCCCUCAACAAAGCCGGCUUCAUGGUGAUGAUAAUGGCUGGACCCCCAACUUAGAUUCCAACAAGGAGUAUCUCCAGGUGGACCUGCGAUUUCUAACCGUGCUCACGGCCAUUGCAACACAGGGAGCAAUAUCCAGGGAAACCCAAAAUGGGUACUAUGUCAAAUCCUACAAGCUGGAAGUCAGCACGAACGGUGAGGACUGGAUGAUGUACCGGCAUGGCAAAAACCACAAGGUAUUCCAAGCCAACAAUGAUGCCACCGAGGUGGUUCUGAACAAGCUCCACACGCCGCUGCUGACAAGGUUCAUUAGGAUCCGGCCUCAGACCUGGCACUCGGGUGUUGCCCUCCGGUUGGAGCUCUUCGGCUGCCGUGUCACAGAUGCCCCCUGCUCCAAUAUGCUGGGGAUGCUCUCAGGCCUUAUCGCCGACUCCCAGAUCUCUGCUUCCUCUACCCGCGAGUACCUGUGGAACCCCAGUGCAGCCCGCCUGGUCAGUAGCCGCUCGGGCUGGUUCCCUCGGAUCCCCCAGGCCCAGCCGGGUGAGGAGUGGCUCCAGGUGGACCUGGGAGCCCCAAAGACAGUGAAGGGUGUCAUCAUCCAGGGAGCCCGCGGAGGAGACAGCAUCACUGCAGUGGAAGCCAGGGCAUUUGUGCGCAAGUUCAAAGUCUCCUACAGCUUAAAUGGCAAAGACUGGGAAUACAUUCAGGACUCCAGGAUCUUGCAGCCAAAGCUAUUUGAAGGGAACAUGCACUAUGACACCCCUGACAUCCGGAGGUUUGACCCCAUUCCGGCACAGUAUGUGCGGGUGUACCCCGAGAGGUGGUCGCCGGCAGGGAUCGGAAUGCGGCUGGAGGUGCUGGGCUGUGACUGGACAGACUCGAGGCCCACAGUAGAGACGCUGGGACCCACCAUAAAGAGCGAAGAAACGACCACCCCAUAUCCCAUCGACGAGGAGGCCACCGAGUGUGGGGAAAACUGCAGCUUUGAGGACGACAAAGAAUUGCAGCUCCCUUCAGGAUUCAAUUGCAACUUUGAUUUCCCUGAGGAGACCUGUGGUUGGAUAUAUGACCAUGCCAAGUGGCUCAGGAGCACUUGGACCGGCAGCUCCAGCCCAAAUGACCGGACAUUUCCAGAUGACAAGAAUUUCCUGCGGCUACAGAGUGACGACCGGAGAGAGGGCCAGUACGCGCGGCUCAUCAGCCCGCCCGUCCACCUGCCUCGAAGCCCUGUGUGCAUGGAAUUCCAGUAUCAAGCGAUGGGCAGCCGCGGGGUGACGCUGCAGGUGGUGCGGGAAGCCAGCCAGGAGAGCAAGCUCCUGUGGGUCGUCCGCGAGGACCAGGGCAGCGAGUGGAAACACGGGCGGAUCAUCUUGCCCAGCUACGACAUGGAGUAUCAGAUCGUGUUUGAGGGAAUGAUAGGAAAAGGACGUGCAGGAGAGAUUGCCAUCGAUGAUAUUCGGAUAAGCACCGAUGUCCCGCUGGAGAACUGCAUGGAACCCAUCUCAGCUUUUGCAGGUGAGAAUUUUAAAGGGGGCACCCUUCUACCAGGGACCGAGCCCACAGUGGACACGGUGCCUGUGCAGCCCAUCCCAGCCUACUGGUAUUACGUAAUAGCCGCCGGGGGCGCCGUGCUGGUGCUGGUCUCCGUCGCGCUGGCCCUGGUGCUCCACUACCACCGCUUCCGCUAUGCGGCUAAGAAGACCGAUCACUCCAUCACCUACAAAACCUCCCACUACACCAACGGGGCCCCUCUGGCGGUGGAGCCCACCCUAACCAUUAAGCUAGAGCAAGACCGCGGCUCCCACUGCUGAGGGCCGAAGCAAGGACAGCACCCAAAACAAACGAGAAAGACUGCAAACACGUUGCCUCGAUUUUGCACUUUUUUCUCCUGGCCUAGUCUCUGUGUGAACUCUCAGACAUCUCUCUCCCAGGUCCCCAGACCCUGUGCGCUCUUAACCAUCCCAACCAUUCUCCUUGGGUUCUUCAUUUUUCUUCUUCUUUUGUUGAUUCCAACCCAACAACACCCAACUCUAAUGCUGCAUCUUGGAUUAUUAUGAGAAGAGAUAUCAUCCUAAGUACUCCACAACUCAAGGCUCAGCUGGUUUUGUUCCAGACACUGGUCCCUUGUUUUCCCCUUGCCUUAUCCCAUACCUCCUCUCGGUGGGCAGUCUGCCAGGAGACUUGAUGGGAAACCUGGACCUGUGUGUGUAUAUAGUAGACAUUUGUAUGUGUGAGUAGCUCUCUGUGUGUGGGUGUGUGAGAGAGUAUGUGGUUCAUUGUGUGUGUGUGUGGGGGGUGUGAGUGUGUUCAGCAAGGGCCCCCUUUAACUCUUCUUGUGUUACUUCUCCUGGGGUACAUUUUACAAGAAAAUAAUAUACUGUACUAGUUUUGUUUACUUGGAGAAGAGAUUGAAGCUUUUUGUUGCCUUAUCUA